AUGCUUCCUCAGCAAAUGAAGAAAGCCGUUACUGAUAACCCUAAAAAGCUCGCAAACUUGAUCGAUCUCGUUAACCUUCCUCCCACUCUCAGAGACUUCGUCGGUCAAUCUCAGACUUCUCGAUUAACCUGUUUCAUGCAUGUUUGGUCCUACGUCAAAACCAACAAUCUUCAGAAUCUAACUAAUGGAUCAAGUGAAGUUAUAAACCUUAUGAUUAGAAUCUGUCCAAGGUUUCUCAUAUUAGCAUUGCAUGGAUAUUGUGAUUUUUGUGUGGUGCAGGAUAUUGAUAAGAAGGAUGUUUCUAUUAGCAAAUUCAAGGGGAAGGUUCUCUUGAUUGUCAAUGUUGCUUCACGAUGUGGCUUGACAUCAUCAAAUUACACAGAACUCUCGCACUUGUAUGAAAAUUUUAAAGAUAGAGGUUAG